AUGGACACUCUCGCCAUUUAUGCUCUUAUAAUGGUGGGAUUGUUUGCUAGCUUAGUAGCCAUUCACUCCCUAAGGCCGCAUUUUUACGCGAUAACCGUGUUACUUUCCCGGCAUCUGACUUAUCCUUAUAUUGUUAACCGUCAUAAACAUUUUGGUCCGUUGACUCGAGCUAGCGUUGCAUUACACACGAGCUAUGCCACGGUCAAUGUUUUUCUUAUGUUUUUUCAUUUCAUAUCGCUGCCUGACUCCAGCCGAAGGGCAGGAGUUAUCGCUAUGAUUAACUUCAUAUUGCUUAUACCCACUACGCACCUAAGCUAUAUGGCUGAUAUUAUAGGCCUUUCUUUUAGGAAUUGUCAACGCGUACACCGGGCCGUAGGCUGGAUGGUCAUUGCUUCAUUGGUAUUCCAUGUUGCAGUUGCGCUCAUAACGCCUGACGCGCUCACAAAAGCUCGCACCAGUGUGGUUGGCGGCAAUGAUCAACUGGUUGCAAGAACGAUCGUAAUCGGAGAAUGCCCUCCAAAUGCUGCGACUUCGCUAGGUGUGCUUGCGAUACUUGCACUGCCUUACUUCAGACGGUUUUCGUAUAAAUUAUUUUUGCGGUCUCAUCAGGCUUUUACUAUUACAAGCCUCUAUGGGAUUUGGUGCCAUAUUCCAAAGGAUAGCUUAUUUUCUCGAUCUUAUUUAUACAUUGCCCUCGGGAUUCUUGCGUGCACAUCACUAAUUCAAACAAUCUAUUUUCUCUAUCGCAACGGUCUUUUCUCUGGCAAUGGGACGCCUCGUGCGGUUCUAGCAAGUGAAAUAGAUAAUCAAGCAACAGAGCUCCGCAAAGAUGAAACUGAAUCACAAGCACAAAGCGAAAAGCUUACCAAAAUGUGCCUCGUUCUGCCCAGACCACUCGAUAUUUUGCCUGGGCAAUACAUCAAGAUAUGGUUACCAACAAUCAAUAUAUGGUCAUGGGCACAAAUGCACCCAUUCAUGGUGACAUCAUGGUCACGUCAGAAGAAGCAACAGGUCCUUGACCUCAUUAUCCAACCCAAUGGAACCCUUUCUGCAGAUCUUGUUCGUCUUAAUAAAAGGGCUGGUACAGGUUACACCUCCUUGCCUGCGUUCUUUACUGGACCUCAUGGCAUUAACCAGCCAGUGGGUUGUUUUGAGAAUAUUUUGCUGGUAGCGAGCGGAGCAGGAAUUGCGGCUAUUGUCCCCUAUGCAAAAGAAAUCAUUCACGCUUACGAUACCCGCACAUCUAAUGUCCGCCAUGUGAAGUUAAUAUGGAAUGCAGGGUCGUUGGAAUUUGUCAAAUCGGGUAGCCAGUUAAUAAAUCAGCUUUUGGAAGAUGAUGUGCCGGGGAAUGGCUAUGUUCUUAACAUUUCCAUUCACGUUGAAGAGGUUGAUGUUUUGGAGACGCAUUUCGGUAAAAAUAGAUGGGCAGCCCUUUACCGAGGCGCUCCGGACUACAUGAGAAUUAUUGAUAAAGUAUUGGAAGGAGACAGAGAAAAGUCUGCUGCAAAGGGGGCGGGCAAUGGCCGAAUGCUGUUGGUUGCCUCCGUAACCGAUGAUUUGAGGGACGAACUUCGAGGAACCAUGCGAAUGUACCUUGGUCGGCGUGCAGAAAUGAUUGAGUUGGAAUACCAACCUUAA